GCAAACCCACAAAAUAAAAAGAAAUAAUAAGGAAAGACAAAAUGAUUUGUUCUGAUGAACUACCAAAUGCAAACCAAAAAAAAAAAAUAGGCCUACAAAUGGUCUCAGCAACAAAUGGGAAGACCUGACAAAGCCUGAAAAGAUCAUAGAGAUAGAGUUUCGAUUGGUGGGGUGCUUAUAAUUUUUGAUGGAGUUGAAGGGGAGCCUUCAGGCUCUCAUAGAGAGAGCAGGGGCUCUGCAAGAUGGCCUGUCUGAUGAAAUCAGAGACUGCUACAGCUUCUGCAGGCUGUGUUCAGAGAAUGGUCGUCUCUGUCACAUUGCAGAGACAUCAGUUCAGGAGAGGGAGAGAUUGAUUGCCAUUAGAGAUUCAUUAAGGGAAGUUGGGGACGUGCUUAUGCUUUUACAGAGAUUAAGAUCUUGGCAGAUAAUAGAUACGCAUGCAGCCCUUAAUCGCUUAGAAGAGAGCAGAAUAAUCCUAAUCGAAAAAGUGAAACAAUUUCCAGGAAGAUCUCUUGAUGUAGUGAAAGAGCUGAAUGCUUGGUUUAACAAUGGAAAGAUCACUGAUUUUGAUUUGAACUGGAAUGGGGAAAUCAAGAACAAAGCGGAUUCUAAUAUCCACAAUAACAAGGAAAAGGGGACAAGAAGUAGGUUCGUCAGUUUUUGCAUCGGAAUUCUAUUUGGUCCCUGUAACUGGCAGAAGGCAAUUGGGGUGGCAGCCAAAUUGGUUGUGGUUUCAGCAAGCAUUUCAUCGACAGUGAGGCUUUGUCAUGCGAGAAAACAACAGUAUUGCAGUUCAUUUGUGGAAUCAGCUGCCGCACCAAUUAAACAAACCGUACCUUCCCUCACGGAUAGACAUCUGGAUGUUUUCUAUGGAAGGGGAUGAAGAUGAAUGAUGAAUUCUUACUCCAACUCCAUCAAUUCUCAUCGUUUUAUUGUUGUACACAGUUUUAAUUCUCGUGGGUUGAUUAUUGUUUUUUUAAUUGUAUAGAAAGAACGAGGGUUGGGAUGAUUUUUCCAUGUAACUUUACUCCUACUCCAAGAUAGCUCUUUGGCACUUUAUUCUC